AUGCCCUUCAAUACGAAGCUUACUCGGGCUCUGGGGAUCAAAAUACCCGUGGUCCAAGGUGGAAUGCAAUGGGUUGGAUACGCGGAAUUGGCAUCUGCAGUCAGUAACGCAGGCGGCCUCGGUAUUCUGACGGCGCUCACGCAACCAACACCCGAAGACCUUCGAAAAGAGAUCCGGAGAUGCAAAACCAUGACCGACAAGCCUUUCGGCGUAAACAUUACCCUCCUACCUGCGAUGACUCCUCCAGAUUAUGGUGCAUAUGCGCAAGUAACCAUUGAGGAGGGUAUAAAGGUUGUUGAAACAGCGGGAAACAGUCCUGGCCCGGUGAUCAAGCAGCUGAAGGCAGCGGGAAUAAUCAUUUUGCAUAAAUGUACGACAAUCAGGCAUGCCGAAAGUGCAAUCAAGCUUGGAGUAGAUUUCCUGAGCAUUGACGGAUUCGAAUGUGCUGGACAUGUUGGAGAGACGGACAUUACCAACUUCAUCCUGCUUAGCCGAGCGCGACAGUCUUUGAAAGUACCCUUCAUUGCAUCAGGAGGCUUUGCAGAUGGGCAAGGACUUGCUGCUGCUUUGAGCUUGGGCGCUGAGGGUAUUAAUAUGGGAACUCGCUUCAUGUGCACAGUCGAAGCACCAAUACAUCAAAAUAUUAAGGAGGAGAUUGUAAAGGCAUCGGAGACUGAUACUGAGCUUGUGCUAAGAAGAUGGAAGAACACUAGUCGAUUAUACAAGAACAAGGUCUCGCAAGAGGCAACAAAGAUAGAAAGAGAGAGCACAACGGGUAAGUUUGAAGAAGUUGCGCCGUAUGUUAGUGGUAAGCGAGGAAGAGAGGUUUUCAUAAAUGGUGACCCAGACUAUGGUGUCUGGACAGCUGGUCAGGUCAUCGGUUUGAUUCAUGAUAUACCGACGUGCAAAGACUUAGUUGAGAGAAUUGAGAAGGAUGCUGAAGAUACGCUGAAUCAAGCAUCUUCGCUUAUUAUACCCAGGAGCAAGCUAUAG